AUGGAUCCCGUGAGCCAGCUGGCCUCAGCAGGUACCUUCCGGGCGCUGAAGGAGCCCCUUGCCUUCCUGCGAGCCCUAGAACUGCUUUUUGCAAUCUUUGCAUUUGCAACAUGCGGUGGCUAUUCUGGAGGCCUGCGGCUGAGUGUGGACUGUGCCAACAAGACGGAAAGUGACCUCAGCAUUGACGUGGCGUUUGCCUACCCAUUCAGGUUGCACCAGGUGACCUUCGAGGUGCCCACCUGCGAGGGGAAGGAACGACAGAAGGUGUCCCUGAUUGGGGACUCCUCAUCCUCGGCAGAGUUCUUCGUCACUGUCGCCGUCUUCGCCUUCCUCUACUCCUUGGCCGCCACUGUCGUUUACAUUUUCUUCCAGAACAAGUAUCGAGAGAACAACCGGGGUCCACUCAUCGACUUCAUCGUCACUGUAGUCUUUUCGUUCUUGUGGUUGGUGGGUUCAUCAGCUUGGGCAAAAGGACUGUCUGAUGUCAAGGUCGCUACAGAUCCCAAAGAAGUAUUGUUACUGAUGUCAGCUUGCAAACAGCCAUCCAACAAAUGCACGGCUGUCCACAGCCCUGUGAUGUCCAGCCUAAACACUUCUGUGGUCUUUGGAUUCUUGAACUUUAUCCUCUGGGCUGGAAACAUCUGGUUUGUUUUCAAGGAGACCGGCUGGCAUUCCUCGAGCCAGAGAUAUCUUUCAGACCCCAUGGAGAAGCACUCCAGUAGCUACAACCAAGGCGGGUACAACCAAGACAGCUAUGGGUCAAGCAGUGGGUACAACCAGCAGGCGAGUUUGGGGCCAUCCUCAGAUGAGUUUGGCCAACAGUCUGCUGCCCCUGCUUCUUUUACCAAUCAGAUGUAA